AUGUCCUGGUCUCAAAAAACCUUCUCCCUACCCACCCGCAGUCGCGGCUCCUACCUGAUUACCGAUCAUGUCCUAUCCGAAGUCCCGGAGAUCCGCGACUACAAAGUCGGCAUGCUGAACCUCUUCGUGCAGCACACGAGCUGUGCGCUUUCGCUAAACGAGAACUGGGACGAUGAUGUUCGGGCUGAUAUGAGUGAUGCGCUUGAUCGUAUUGCGCCUGCUGAUCGCAAGGGUGAACUUUAUCGGCAUUCCGCUGAGGGGGAGGAUGAUAUGCCUGCUCAUAUCAAAUCUGCUCUUAUUGGUGCUUCGGUGAAUAUUCCUAUUUCUAAUGGACGGUUGGCGACUGGAACCUGGCAGGGGAUUUGGUAUUUGGAGUUCCGGACGAGUCGGCAUUCGCGCAAGGUUGUUGCGACAAUUCAGGGUCAGAAGGCUUGA